AGAAAAUAAAGAAAGAGUGAAAGACUAAUCUCACUGGAAUUACAGAUGUCUUUUUCUUGAGAGAUCAGUCCUUCAUAAAUCCUAUUUACGACAGUCUAUUUGUCAAUAUAAAUAAAGGUAUUCGAUAUAACAACAACAACAAACAAACAUAAGAAAUCACUUUUUAGCACAACACAAAGUGGUAUGUGUUCUAUAAAAUGACCGCUAGAUGUCAGUAUAAGUCUCAGUACAAAGUGCCGACUAAAAUAAAUAAAAAUCUAAUAGCCUAUCUUAGGUUUAACUGUGAAAACAACUUUAUGAGAAAAUAGUAGUUAAUGUCACCUUUAAGAGAUGAGUCAUAGUCUUGUGGCCUCAGACCUGUUGAUAAGAACAGUAGGCUAUAUAACGGGUAUAACCAUGUUGCUUUUUAGUCUUUUCUUUUUGAGUAAACUUUAGAAACGGUGCACGAGAAGGGUCCCGCCUCUUUGGCAUCCAUAAGGAAACACCAGCCAACCAAGCACGGAGGCUUUAAAGCUUCUCCGGGCAUGACCAACAGAGAGCAUCACCCCUGCGUUUAGACACCGUUUUUUGUCGGAAGUCAGGUGGAUGGAGCAGCUGAUGGGCGGGGGCGGUCCACGGGAGCGGUGAAGCGUCUUAGUGAGUGACAGCGUGGAAAAGAAAUAUGAGAGGAGAGUCUUAAGUUAGGAAUAACUGGCCUGUGGCAUUUAAAACAAAAAAAUUGUAGCUCGGGCUUAUCUUAGAGGUAUAGAUCCGCGUUGCAGUGAUAAAAAAUAAAUAAAUCCGCAGCUCAUCGAAAUGCGGAACAGAAGAAAGUUAAAAAUUCCUUAAUCAACUACGUAGGGUAGUCCUCUCUGGUUUGAGUGCAAUCAUGUAGACUCGUCCUUUAGCCGAUGCGACGAGAAACACUUCGGAGAGUAGCUCGUAGUUUGUGGUGAACUCCAUCUGGCCGCAGAAGCAGGACGCAGGUUUAAUUUGCGCUCUUGGUUCCGUCCGUGCCGUAUGCAGCUCCUGCCACUCUAGCCAACCAUGGCACGACUGAGGAGGAAAGCGUGCAUAGCUCUGUUUCUUUUCACGCUGUUCAUCUUUGGGACCAUGAUGGGACUGAGGACCCUGAAGCCCAGUGACGGUUUCUCGGACUUGGCUCCGGGCUUGGAGCUCCUGCCGAUGAUCGGAGGAAAGAUGGACCGGCGCUCAGUGUCCCGUGAUGGGACCGCUUCCCCGGGUCAAGCCCGUCCGCCUGGCAGCAACGCCAAAGCCGUGUUGUCUAACACCGGCCCCGAGGGGACCAUAUUUUAUGAUGUUCAUAUUUUCUACUAUAUGUGGUACGGCAACCCACAUAUGGACGGUAAAUACAUUCACUGGGAUCACAUCCUAGUCCCGCACUGGGACCCUAAGAUCGCAUCCAGCUACCCGAGAGGGAAACACAUGCCGCCCGAGGAUAUCGGCUCCAGUUUCUACCCCGAACUCAAUUCGUACAGCUCGCGGGAUCCGGAUGUGUUGGAGUCCCACAUGGAGCAGAUCGGAGCAUCCGCAGCAGGUGUUCUGGUCCUGUCCUGGUAUCCUCCUGGAGUAGCUGAUGACAACGGGGAACCUGCUGAGGAUUUGGUACCAGCUGUACUGGAUGCAGCAUAUAGACACAACCUCAAGGUUGCAUUCCACAUCCAACCAUACAGAGGACGAAACGAUCAGAGCGUGCAUGACAACAUCAAGUACAUCAUUGACAGGUAUGGCGACCACGGAGCGUUCUACAAGUUCACUACCAGCACAGGGAAGAGUCUUCCUCUGUUUUACAUUUAUGACUCCUACCUAACUCCACCCGAGUCCUGGUCUGAGUUUUUGACACCGACUGGCUCCCACAGCGUGCGUGGGUCAGCUUACGACUCCGUCUUUAUAGCCCUGAUUGUGGAGGAGCGUCAUAAGCACGACAUCCUGGCAGGCGGCUUCGAUGGCAUGUACACUUACUUUGCCUCUAACGGCUUCUCCUUUGGCUCUUCUCACCAGAACUGGAAAGCCAUCAAAGCUUUCUGCGAUGGGAACAACCUCCUUUUUAUCCCCAGCGUGGGGCCUGGUUACAUUGACACCAGCAUUCGGCCGUGGAACAACCACAACACACGCAACAGGGUGAACGGACGUUACUACGAGACAGCCCUGCAGGCGGCACUCAACGUGCGCCCAGAGAUUGUCACCAUAACAUCUUUUAAUGAAUGGCACGAGGGGACGCAGAUAGAAAGGGCUGUGCCUAAAAAAACUGUGACACGGGUUUACUUGGACUAUCAGCCACAUGGGCCUGAUCACUACCUGGAGCUGACCCGCCGCUGGGCCGAGCAGUUCAAUAAAGAAAAGGAGCAGUGGCUCAUGUGAGCUUUCAUCAAACUGACUUGAAACGGCACGCUGUAGUGGAAGUGUGUGCACACAUGAAAGAGGAGGCAAGAGAGCGAUUGAUUGAUAUAGUUUUGAGUGCAGAAGGACAUGCUGUUACCUUUUUUAAACAUGCUGGAUGCGAGAGGUCCUAUAGAUGUGUGUGCAAAUUCAAAGAUAGGAUACAAAGCGUAUCAAAAACCCAGACUUGUAAAAUGCUCUGUGGGUCUGUCUCUAAUCUCCACCACACAAUUGGUACGUUGAAAUGUCUGCCCGAUAAUUUAUUGUAUUUCUAAAUACAGUAAGCCACCAUCUCAUGCCCCUUUAUAUGGUGAAAUAAUAGAACUGAAGACACUGUAGUUUUCAUUUACCCAUAACAUACAAUUUGACCCUUUACCCAGGUUCAGAGAGCUUUUUAAAAUGGGGAUGAUGUGGUGUUUUACAACUUGUCACUGUCACACAACAUCAUAAUUUGUAAAGGUAAAUUUGGAACAUUAUAGCAUGUUAGCUCAACUUGUAAAAACACAGAACAUGACAGUUUCUCACAGCAGAUCCCCUGCAUCCAUUUCACUCGAUCUCUAACAUCUUCCUCUGUCACGCCAACCAUCUGCACGUCCUCCUGCCUGAAAGCAUCAAUCUUCAGCAUCCUUCGUCCAGCACAUCCACCAUCGCCUCUCUAACCUUGCCUCCAAACUGAGAGUCACCCUGAUAUCCUCAUUUCCAAUCCUGUCCAUUCUGCCAGUAAAAUCUUAACAUCUUUUACUCCACCUCCAGCGUGACAACUUGCCCUUUCGUUAUUGCCGCUGUCUCUAAACCAUAUAUCACAACAGGUCUCACUACCAUCUCAUAAACUCUUUUACUCUUGCCAUCCUUCACCAACAAACUAACUUACCAAGAAUACUCAUUUCUGAUCUACCCAAAUAAAAUUGGGUAAUUUCAACCGCUCCUUUAUUUCCUGAGGCCUCUGACACAGAUUUUACUCUAGGUACUAUUGACACAACCCUCCCAUUCAUCAGCGCAAGCUUGUGAGUCCCCGAGGCUGGGAUUGUGUCUCCUCUUUGUCUCAAGCUGGGGAUCUUUCCCAUAUUACGUGUCAAGUACUACACCACAGACCCGAUAUCUACCCAAAUACAAUUGGAGAUUGAGUAAUUCCUAUAUGAAAAGACUUCACUGUAAGCAUAUGGGACUCUGCUUUUUUUUUUCUCCACUGAAGCAAGAAGUCAGGACAUGAAAGUCUAUGGCUCAAAGUGAUUGAACGCAUUAAUGAAUAUAAACCUGCCCACUGACUGGGGCACCCUGGGGCACACUCUGUAUAGACUUGAUUAAGAUUCUGAUAGCUUUUAAAAUGAAAGGUUUCGCAGAGACAGGCGUUUUUGAGAAUAAAAGUGCGUUCUCUGAAUGAUCCGAAGUUGAUUUCCCUGUCCAGGUUGCCAGUAAGUGGUUUCUGCUCCUUUUUAAACACUUAACAUUGCUCUAUUGAUUUCACCCUCCAUUAAGAAGCUGUUUUGAGUGAAAAUCCAG